GACGUGGAGUGCCACGCUCCUCAGCCGGCUCCAGAGGCGGUGUGUUGUUGUUGUUGUUGUUGUUGUUGUUGUGGUUUUGGGGGUCAGAAUGAGCAGCCCGUGCCUGCUGCGCGCCGCCCCGAUAAGCCAGCCCCGGCUCCGAGAGGUCAAGAUCAGCCUGAAGGCCAGCAGCAGGGAGGCUGCGGCCGUCCGGAGCGGCGGUGGAGGGACCAAGGAGGCCGCCGGCCGGCCCUACGCCCCGGCGGAGCGCGAGCCCCCGGCCAGGGUCGGGGUGAGCAGCAGCCGGAGCAGGAGCACCCCUCCGGUGCACCGGGCCCAGAGGCAGGACAGCAGGAGGACGGCGAGGGCGGGCGGCGGCGGCGGCGGCAAGCCGCAGGAGCCCGAGCAUCACCCGGAGAGGAAUGGCACGCUCCUGCACGUCCCGCUCGCCGCGGCGCCGGCGGGACUCUCCACCUUCUCCUCGUCCUCGUCCUCGUCCUCGUCCUGCACCCCCAGACGUCAGCGGACCUCUCACCCCCACCCUCCCCCCGCCCCCGUCCUCUCCACCUCCUCCUCGUCCUCCUCCGCCAAGAGUAUGAAGCGAGCGCGCUGGCUGAGCUACAGCACCUCCAACAUCUGCUUCAACUCCAUCCUGGACGGGCGCUUCAGGCAGCUGCAAGAUGAGCGUGAGGCGGUGCAGAAGAAGACCUUCACUAAAUGGGUCAACUCCAUCCUGUCCCGGGUCGGCUGUCGCAUAUCUGACCUCUACUUGGACCUGCGGGAUGGACGGAUGCUCAUUAAACUGCUGGAAGUGCUGUCUGGUGAACGGCUGCCAAAACCCACUAAAGGCCGGAUGCGAAUCCACUGUUUGGAAAAUGUGGACAAGGCGCUGCAGUUUCUCAAAGAGCAGAGGGUCCAUCUGGAGAACAUGGGCUCUCACGACAUCGUCGACGGCAACCACCGCCUCAUCCUGGGACUCAUCUGGACCAUCAUCCUGCGCUUCCAGAUCCAGGACAUCAUCGUGGAAACGGGCCAGGCGGACCAGAAGGAGACGCGCUCCGCCAAGGAUGCUCUUCUUCUCUGGUGUCAGAUGAAAACUGCGGGAUACCCCAACGUCAACAUAACAAACUUCACCACCAGCUGGAAAGACGGCAUGGCCUUCAACGCGCUCAUACACAAACACCGGCCAGAUCUGUUGGAUUAUAACAGUCUGAAGAGGUCCAACCCGACGCACAACCUGCACAACGCCUUCAACGUGGCGGAGCAGAAGCUCGGCGUCACCAAACUGUUGGACCCGGAAGAUGUGUUCACGGAGAAUCCAGACGAGAAGUCCAUCAUCACGUACGUGGUGGCAUUUUACCACUACUUCUCCAAGAUGAAGCAGCUCGCCGUGGAGGGCAAGAGAGUCGGAAAGGUUCUGGAUCACGCCAUCGAGACGGAGAAGAUGAUUGAUAAGUACGAGACUCUGGCGUCGGACCUGCUGACGUGGAUCGAGCAGACCAUCAUCGUGCUGAACAACCGGAAGCUCGCCAACUCGCUGACGGGAGUGCAGCAGCAGCUUCAGGCCUUCAACACGUACCGCACCGUGGAGAAGCCGCCCAAGUUUCAGGAGAAAGGGAACCUGGAGGUGCUGCUGUUCACCAUCCAGAGUCGGAUGAGGGCCAACAACCAGAGGGUUUACACGCCUAAAGAGGGAGCCCUGGUGGCAGACAUCAACAGGGCCUGGGAGCGUCUGGAGAGGGCGGAGCACGAGCGGGAGCGCGUCCUGAGGGACGAGCUGAUCAGGCAGGAGAAGCUGGAACAGAUGGCGAGAAGAUUCGACAGGAAGGCGGCCAUGAGGGAGACCUGGCUGCUGGAGAACCAGAGACUCGUGGCCCAGGACAACUUCGGCUACGACCUGCCAGCGGUGGAAGCAGCAAAGAAGAAGCAUGACGCCAUUGAGACGGACAUCGCCGCGUAUGAGGAGCGUGUUCAGGUCCUGGUGGACAUCUCCAAGGAGCUGGAGUCCGAGCGGUAUCACGACGCCAAACGGAUAGACGUGCGCAAAGACAACAUCCUGCGCCUGUGGGACUACCUGCAGGAGCUGCUGAAGGCCCGAAGAGCUCGUCUGGAUAAGAACCUGACCCUGCAGAGGAUCUUCCAGGAAAUGCUGCACAUCAUCAGCUGGAUGGACGAUAUGAAGGCUCGGCUGCUGUCGCCUGACUUUGGGAAGCACUUGCUGGAGGUGGAAGAUUUGCUACAAAAACAUGCUCUUGUAGAGAAUGACAUCGCCCUGCAGGCAGAGAGGGUGCAGAACGCCAGCGCUGCGGCGCUCAAGUUCGCCAACGGAGACAGUUAUAAGCCCUGCGACCCCCAGGUGAUCCGGGACCGGGUGCAGCACCUGGAGCUGUGCUACCAGGAGCUCUGUGCUCUGGCCGCCCAGAGGAAGGCUCGGUUGGAGCAGUCUCGCCGCUUCUGGAACUUCUUGUGGGAGGUGACGGAGCUCGAGAGCUGGAUCAGGGAGAAGGAGCACAUCUUCUCCUCCCUGGACUACGGAAAAGACCUGACGAGCGUGCUGGUGCUCCAGAGCAAGCACAGCGCUUUCGAGGACGAGCUGGGGGCCCGCAGAGCCAGCCUGGAGCAGGUCUUGAGCGAGGGGGACAAGAUGAUCCAGGCCAAGCACUUCGGCUCCCCAAAGAUUCAGGAGUGCAUGGACAGCAUUAAGAGGCAGUGGCAGCAGCUGGAGGAGCUGGCCGCGUUCCGCAAGCAGAACCUGCAGGACACUCAGACCUUCUUCCAGUUUCAGGGAGAUUCUGACGAGCUCAAGGCCUGGCUGCUGGACGCCAAGAGGCAGAUGACCAGCGAUGAGGUCGGCCACGACGAGUACACGACGCAGCGGCAGCUGAAGAAGCACAACAACUUGAAAAAUGAAACGAUCAAGAACGGAGCCACCAUCGAAGCCCUGUCCAAACAGGCCGGCGGGCUGCCAGAGGAGCUGCAGAACACCCCGGACAUCCAGAGACGCCUGAAAGACAUCAAGGACCUGUACAUGGAGCUCAUGUCUCUGGCUGACCUGAGGCAGAAGAAGUUAGACGACACCAUGGCUCUGUACACCAUCUUCAGCGAGACGGACGCGUGUGAGCUGUGGAUGGGCCAGAAGGAGACGUGGCUGGUGGGACUGGAUGUGCCAGAAAAGCUGGAGGAUCUGGAAGUUGUACAGAACAGGCUCAGCAUUUUAGCCCAAGAAAUGACCAAUGUUCAGUCAAGAGUAGACAACGUCAACAAAGCUGUGAAACAGCUUGAGGACAGCAGACACCCGCGAACCAGAGAGGUCAAGGAAUGCCAGGCGCGACUGAACAAGAGGUGGGAGGCUUUCAAGGCCAUGGUUGAGGAUAAGAAAAGGAAGAUAGAUUCUGCCCUCAGUCUGCACAACUACGGGCUGGAGUGCGAUGAGACGGAGGCGUGGAUCAAAGACAAGACGCGGGUGAUUGAGUCCACGCAGGAUUUGGGCAAUGACCUGGCAGCGGUCAUGACCAUCCAGAGGAAGCUGUUCGGCAUAGAGAGAGAUUUAGCGGCCAUCGACUCCAAGCUCACCUUCCUGAGGAAAGAGGCCGACCAGCUGGCCCAGGACCAUCCCGAGAACGCGGCGGACAUCCUGGCCCGCCGAGGGGAGCUGGACGCAGCCUGGGACACGCUGAAAAAGACCCUGAAAGACAGGGAGGACUCUCUGGGCGAGCUCAGCAAGCUGCAGACUUUCCUCCAAGACAUGGACGACUUCCAGUCCUGGCUUUUCAAGACCCAGAAGGCCGUGGCAUCGGAGGAGAUGCCCGCGUCGCUGCCGGAGGCCGAGGAGCAGCUGAGCCUCCACGACGCCGUGCGCGAAGACAUAAACAACCACGAGGAGGACUACCACCGCGUGAGGGACACCGGAGCCCAGGUCACCCAGGGGCAGGAGGACGACCCUCAGUACCAGCAGCUGCAGCAGACGCUGACGGGUUUGGACCGGGGCUGGAUCGAACUCCAGAAGAUGUGGGACAGCCGCAAGAACUUCCUGGACCAGUGUGUGGGCUUCCAGCAGUUCGUGAGGGACGGCAAAGCCGUGGAGGCCAUCCUGAACAACCAGGAGUACACGCUGGCGCACAUCGACAAGCCGGACACUCUGGCCGGGGCUGAGAAGGCUUUGAAGAAGCACGAGGACUUCGUGAGCACCAUGGAGGCCAACGAGGACAAAAUCGACGGCGCCCUGCAGAGCGGACGGCGGCUGGUGGACAGCAACAACAUGUACUCUGGCAAAGUGCAGGAGAAGAUGGACUCAGUUCAAGACAGGCAUAGUAAGAAUAAAAGAAGAGCCGAGGAGGUGUCUGAAAAGCUCAGGGAUAACCGGGACCUGCAGCACUUCCUGCAAAACACUCAAGAUCUGACGGUGUGGAUCAAUGAGAAGAUGCUGACAGCGCAGGACACGUCGUAUGACGAAGCCAGGAACCUCCACAGCAAAUGGCUCAAGCACCAGGCCUUCAAGGCCGAGCUGGCCUCCAACAAGGACUGGCUCAACAAAGUGGAUCAGGAGGGUCAGGAGCUCAUGGAGUCCAAGCCGGAGUUCGAGCCUAUUGUGAGGGAGCGUCUGGCCAAGCUGCACGAGCUGUGGGACAAGCUGGAGUCCACCACGCAGGAGAAGGACCGCCUGCUGUUCGACGCCAACCGCUCCGAGCUGGUCGACCAGAGCCUGGCCGGCAUGAAGAAGUGGCUCGGCGAGCUGCAGCAGCAGAUACAGAGCGGGGACGAGGACGUCAAAGACCUGACCAACGCCAACAUCCACCUCAAGAAACACCAGAUGACGGAGAACCAGGUCCGUGACCGGGGCCGCGAGCUGGAGGAGCUCCAGGAGGCCGUCAGGAAGCACGGCGGCAGCAGGGAGGACCAGCCGGAGCUGGAGGCCGAGCUGCAGGCCCUGCAGAGGGACUUCCAGCAGCUCCUCACGCCGCUCGCCCAGCGAAAGGGCAAACUGGAGGCCGCCAAGGCUGUCCAUCAGUUCUACAGAGACCUGGCCGACGAGCUCCUCUGGAUUGAAGAGAGGAUGCCUCUGGCAACGUCGCAGGAACAUGGGAACAAUCUCCAGACCGUGCAGAUGCUGCUGAAGAAAAACCAGACGCUGCAGCGGGAGAUCGAGGGCCACCAGCCCCGCAUCGACGAGGUUCUGGAGCGUGGAAGGAGGAUGGCGUCUGCCGCCGGCGCGGAGAGCAGGCCGGAGGCCAGCCGGAUCGCGGCCCAGCUGACGGAGCUGGAGGAGGCGUGGGCCCGGCUGCAGGACGAGAUGAGGAAGCGGCGGGAGCGGCUGAACGGCUCCAGCCUGGCGCAGCAGUACUACAACGACGCCGACGAGGCCGAGGCCUGGAUCGGCGAGCAGGAGCUGUACAUGAUCGCCGACGAAAAGGCCAAGGAUGAACAGAGUGCCAUGCUGAUGCUGAAACGCCACACCAUCCUGAAGCAGGCCGUGGACGACUAUUCCGACUCCAUCCAGAAGCUGGCUGACCGUGCCCAGAAGAUGUUUGCAGAGGACCGUCCUGACGGCGAGGAGAUCAUCAGGCGACAGGGCCAGGUAGAUAAGCAGUAUGCGGGCCUGAAGGAGCUGGCGGAGGAUCGCAGGAAGAAGCUGGACCACACCUAUCACCACUUCCUACUGAGCCGAGAGGUUCAGGAUCUGGAGCAAUGGAUCGCCGAGAGAGACGUGGUGGCUUCCUCUCAGGAGAUGGGCCAGGACCUGGACCACGUGACGCUUCUGAGGGAUAAGUUCAGAGACUUUGCGCGGGACACCGGGAUGAUCGGCCAGGAGCGAGUGGACAUGGUCAACCAGACGAUAGACGAGCUGAUCGAAGCCGGUCACAGCGAGGCCGCCACCAUGGCGGAGUGGAAGGACAGCAUCAAUGACAGCUGGGCCGAUCUGCUGGAGCUCAUCGACACCCGCGCUCAGCUCCUCACCGCAUCCUACGAGCUGCUCAAGUACUUCGAUGAUGGGAAGGAGCUGGUGGCGCAGAUCUAUGAGAAGCAGAAAGAGCUGCCCGAGGACGUGGGCGAGGACUUCAGCAAAGCCGAAUCCUUCCACAGGAUGCACGCCGCCUUUGAGAGAGACAUCACCGCUCUCGGCAAACAGGUGCAGCAGUUCCAGGAGACUGCCUCCAGGCUUCACGCCCAGUACGCGGGAGACAGGGCGGACGCCAUCCAGGCCACGGAGCGGGAGGUGGUGGAGGCCUGGAAGGGCCUGCUGGACGCCUGCGACGGCCGCCGGGCGCAGCUGGUGGACACGGCAGAGAAGUUCCGCUUCUUCACCAUGGUGCGGGACCUGAUGGCCUGGAUGGAGAGCAUCAUCCAGCAGAUAGAAACCCAGGAGAAGCCCAGAGACGUCUCCUCCGUGGAGCUCCUGCAGAAGUACCACCAGGGGAUCCGCUCGGAGAUUGAGGCCCGGGGAGCCAAAUUCACUGACUGCACAGACCUCGGCAAAGCCCUGCUGACGCGCAAGCACCGAGACUCUGCUGAGAUCAAAGAGAAGUUGGUGCAGCUGAUGGAGAAAAGGAAGGAGAUGAUGUUCAAGUGGGACGACAGAUGGGACUGGCUCAGGCUCCUGCUGGAGGUGUGCCAGUUCGCGCGCGACGCCUCGGUGGCGGAGGCCUGGCUGGUCGCUCAGGAGCCGUACGUGACCAGCAAGGACUUGGGCCACACCGUGGACGAGGUGGAGAAGCUCCUCAAGAGGCACGAGGCCUUCGAGAAAUCCACCGCCACGUGGGAGGAGCGCUUCUCGGCGCUGGAGCGGCUCACCACGCUGGAGUUGUUGGAGUUGAGGAACCAGCAACAGGAGCUGCAGGAGAUGAUUAAAGACGAGCAGCGCUCGGAUAAAGACAGCAGGAGAGAAGACACGGGCUUUGUGGAGGAAUCCUCGCAGCUCUACACUAUCGAGGAACAGACUCUGUCCGGCGCAGCCGAGCCCAGCUCGGGCCUGCCGGAGGCGGCGGCCGGCGAGUCCACGGCGCCGGCGGUGUCGGAGAUGAGGGAGAGUGCUUCCCUGGACCUGGAGCCCUCGGUGUCGGCGGUGAUCCCCAGAGAGCCGGAGAGGGCCGCCACCAUGCCCCUGGAGCCCCUCCGAGCCCAGGCGGUGCUGCAGGAGGGCAUGCUGGGACGCAAGCUGGAUGUUGAAGGCUCCGGGAAGAAAGCCUCAAACAGGUCGUGGAACAGCCUGUACUGCGUGCUGAAGCCGGGGCAGCUCUCGGCCUACAAGGACGCCAAGAGCUUCGGCCACGGCGUGACGUUCCACGGCGAGGACCCCCUGAACCUCAGCAGGGCCUCCUGGGAGAUCCUCAGCAACUACAAGAAGAAGAAGCACGUCGCUAAACUUCGCCUCGGAGAUGGCAGCGAAUACUUGUUCCAGUGUAAAGACGAGGAGGAGCUCCAGCGCUGGAGCCAGGCCAUGGAGAAGGCCGUGCAGCCGCUGGCAGCCGAGGAGGCGUCGGGGCCCCCGGGGGCCCGAGCCCACAGCCUGCCCGCCCCUCCCCCCUCCUCCUCCGCCGCCUCCUCCCCCCCGGCCGCCGCCCCCGAGCCCGGCGCCGCCAAGAAAGACAAGGAGAAGAAGUUCAGCCGCUUCGCCAAAAAGAAGUGAAAACGAUGGGAAGGCCACUGGGAGGAGGGGUUGCCAUGGCAACCUGGGAGGAGAGAAAGUAGUAUUUGUGUACAAUCGAUCAGAGCGAGCUUUUUAUCACUCCAUUUUUUUUUAUAUAUAUAUUAUUUUGUUUGAGUUACCAGACGUCUUGUAGUUUAGGUUAAAGCCAUCACUCUUCUGCCUGUAUGACGACAAAGGUCCACCUUUUUUUCCUUCUUUCUUCGUGUUCUUUUUAACAAAACGCCAAAUUCAACGCAUCAAAUUAAAGCACAGGAAUGCUCCUUUAGCACUCAACCAAAGAAUGUUUGUAAAACUUUUCCUUUUCUUAAUUUUCGCCGCGAGUUUUGCUUCGAUUCUAGCCGUGUACGACGCGAAGGCUUGCACUGAGCGUAGGGGUGACUGGAAGAGUACCGAACGGCACCUUCAUCAAUAUGCCUUAUAAAAUGGUUGUGAACUGUAAUACUGUGCUGUUUGGAUUCGGAACGCUAAAACGCUUUCUCACAACGCCGGGGGUGAAUGAAUCUAAUGGGCUCCGGAAAGCUUUGUAAAACGCUGCGUCAGGGUCUGGGGAUGGGUAAGUGGUAGUGCAGUGCUGUACAGUGCACACACAAACACACAAACAUAUACAUAUACAUACACACACGCCAUGUGUAAUUGCAGAUAUGCAAACGAAACGCUCUAUGCACUGUGAAGGGUUCGACCUCAACUGUGGCAGAACUUGAAUUAUAGUCAACACGUGUACCGAACUCUUAAUUUCAUAUCUAUUCAUUACCAUAUAUACAUAUACAGUAUAUAUAUAUAUAUAUAAAUAUAGAUAUAUAUAGAUAUAUAUCUCCAGAUGCAUGAGGUAUGAUUUAGUUUGAUAUGGUGCUAUUGUGAUAUUUCUGAAACUUCAAGCAGGACCUGCCUGAUUCGGCUACAACUUGACACACGUGGAAGAAGUGUGUGUUCCAGUGUGUGUGUGUGUUUCAGAGGGGUGUUUCAUGAAGCUGCUGCCAGAGAAGCAGGGAUUGUAUUUUUUUUUUUGGUGUGUGUUUUUUUGGGAAAAAACAAAAAACCCCUCAAAAUAGAAAGUGCAGCUUGCAGCCGCAUGAGAGGCAGGUUAAUGCAGAAAUGAGCAAAUCUACCCUUAAAAACAAAACAGUCUCAGUGAAAGAGUGUAGCAAACACACAAACUAAAGCAAUUCUGUAUUCUACAUCAGACAGGACCUGGGAGUGCAAGAACUUCAGACACACAACACAAACUCAGUGAACCACCUUCGCCACUCCAGGGAUUGUUUCAUGUAGAACCGUUGGUACCAGAGCUCCUCAUUAUUCAUUUUCCACUCCUGACCUGUUAGAAUAAGCCUAAUUUAACAGGCGAUUCUCUUUAUAAAACACCCUUCUGGUCUCACAAGCUCGAUUUCCAGGGUGCAGCAGUUUAGCAACCUGUAACUGAACCAUAUUGAAAAGCGUCCCUGAUGAAUGAAUUAUGAAUGUAAGGGAAGAAAUGAUUUCAAUCGCGAGGCAUUAUCAUUUAUACAUACAGGGUAUAUAAUAUAGAGUCUGUACAGUGUGGCACUGUAUUUAUAGAUCAUUUAUCACCCGGGUGGUGUCUCUCUCUCUCUCUCACACAGUCUCCCACUGCCGCCUUGCCUUGUACUGUGGGCUCUGUCCCCGACCGACGAUCCAACUCAAGUGACCUCAAUGACAGAGGACCGUUGGGCUCACCGUUUUCUAAGAAAAAAAAAUGUAGCGCGGCGGUGAUCUCGGUUCAGAUUUACAACCCCGAUCUGAGCACAAAUUAAAAGGUGUUCGGCCGCAGGUCGUCCGCCGCUACGCUACGAGUACUUUCCUCAGCCACGAGCGCACCUUGAAGUGUUUUGUUUUUUUUCUUUUUUGAGAGCCUUGCAUCACAUGUAUUGGGUCUUGUUUCUGUUGGUCACCAUAUUUAACACCUUCACUCACUCCGUUUAUUCCUCCACCACGACUUACCUACCUGCCUUUUUCUGUUUCAGUGGUUUUUAAUCUGCAUUUUGUACUCUCUAGCUAUGUAAAAUAUCUCCAAAAAAAAAAAUAAAAUAAUGUUGACAGGAAACAUCAGAUAUGUUUUGAAAGAAUAAAGUUUAAAAUUUACUUCUGGAACUAAACAAGUGGUUUUUAUUCUUGAAUCUUUAAAAACAACACAAAGAAGUGCAAUGCAGUGAAUUUCAGAACUGAUUUAUUGAGUACAAACAGUUGAACAGACGCAGCCAUGAAACAACAGUCAUCUGUUAGAGCGAGCUCGUUUCUGAGGAGACCAGAUGUAUAUGAACAUUCUCAAUGCAGACAAAAAAAAAAAAAAA